UUGACAGCUCGCAGCGCUCUCUCCUAUCUGCUGUGUGGAGUGGAGACGGUAUGUCCCGUUGUGUGAGGGAAGCAAUCAAAACUCGCAAAACAGAUUUUUCUGGGAUUUGAUUUUGCGCUUUUCACAAGUCGUUUACCGGAAGGGCGCCGAUUUGGAGGAGAUACCGGUCGACGGGGUAUGAGAGUGGAGAGGACGCUUCAAACAAAGUAAGAGAGGAGGAAGAGCUGUGUGUUUGAUGGCUGCUGGGGAUGGAGCCCAGCUGCCGGCCACAGUCGCGGCCAGCCGGAGCGUGGAGAAGGCGCUCGAGGAGGCUGCUGCGAGCGGGGCUCUGAACUUGUCGAACCGAAAACUGAAGGAGUUUCCCCGGAGCGCCAGGAACUACGACCUGUCCGACAUUACACAUGCAGAUCUGUCAAAGAAUCGACUGUGUGAGCUGCCGGAGGACCUCUGCCAGUUCAUCUCUCUGGAGACGCUCAGCCUUUACCACAAUGGGAUGCGCUCGCUGUCCUCCAACCUGGGCAACCUGCAGGCCCUCACCUACCUCAACCUCAGUCGCAAUCUUCUGUCCAGUUUACCCCCGUCGGUGUUUCAGCUGCCCCUCCUGCGAGUGCUCAUCAUCAGUAACAACAAGCUGUCCUCCCUGCCCGCCUCUAUACACUUGCUUACACAUCUCCGACAGCUGGAUGUGAGCUGUAAUGACCUGCAGUGUUUGCCGGCAGAGUUGGGCCAGUUGGAGUGUCUGAGGGAUUUGAACUUGAGGAGGAAUCAGCUCACCACUCUGCCUGAAGAAAUCUCAGAGCUUCCCCUCGUCCGCCUUGACGUGUCAUGCAACCGCAUUUCCCACGUGCCCUUGUGCUACCGCCACCUGCGCCACCUCCAGAGCAUCACGCUCGACAGCAACCCGCUGCAGAUGCCGCCGGCACAGAUCUGCUCCAAGGGCAAAUACCACAUUUUCAAGUACCUCAACAUGGAGGCCUGCAAGAGGAGCCAUGAGGAGCUGGAGAGACACCUGAGGCCCGCAGGCUUCAACAGCUGUCUGUCUGAUCAGGAGCUGUUCCCAGGUCAGUAUGGAGGGCUGGACUCUGGCUUCAACAGUGUAGACAGUGGCAGCAAACGGUGGUCUGGGAAUGAGUCAGCAGAUGACUUCUCAGAGCGUUCCCUUCGCCUGGCCGAGGUCAGCAGAGAUCAGAGGAACUUGGAGGAAGAGGCGGAGGAGGAGGAAGACUCCCCUCUGGCAGCUAAUGGAGUGAACGGAGAGACAGAGCAGGUGGACUUCAUCGACAGCAGCGUGACGGAGGAGGAGGAGGAGGAGAGCAGGACCGAUGUAGCUACACCUCCUCUGGAGCAGAAGGUGCAGUCUUCACCCUCGCAAACCAAGGACUCAUCUACACGCAGGUCUAGUCUCCAGGUGGAGCUGGGCCUGCCAUCGUCGACCUCCUCAUCCCCCUUGUCACCUUCAAGCCCCACCUUGGAGGAAAAGAGGAGGCCAGGCAACCUGCUUAUCUGGCAGGAGAGAGAAAGGCAGCAGCAACAGAGGGAGAAGGCCAGUUUUCUGAAGUCAUCCACCAAAACAGGAAGUCACAUGGCCACAGCACCGCAGACGGGAAGUUGCACAGGUGGCAGUUCACCAGAGAACAGUCAAUACCACAGUGGCCUGCGGCAUCGAUGUGCAAGUGCUGAUCAGAUGAGCAGUGUGUCUCUUCCAGCACCUCUUCAACGCUCUGUCAGCAAAUCAGAAGUCCCGUCCUCACCGAAGACAUCCCCCCCACCUGGCCAGGCCCAGAAGCCCAACAGCUUCCUGUUUCGCACUUCCUCCCGCUGCAAUGUCAAGACCACAGGGCCGAGCUUCAGUCUGGGCGAGUCUGGGCGGAGCGAGUCCCGCACAACGCUGCGCUCUCCAAAGGAAGAGAGACCGGAGGUCAUGCAACUACGCAAGACUCUGGAGUCUCGGCUCAAGAUCACUUUACCGGAGGAUCUUGGUGAGGCACUCUCCAACGGCACCAUCCUGUGCCAGCUGGCCAAUCAGAUCCGACCACGCUCCGUGUCAAUCAUCCACAUUCCAUCCCCAGCAGUGCCAAAACUGAGCACAGCAAAGUGCCGGCUCAAUGUGGAAAACUUCAUCACGGCGUGUCGGAAGCUGGGAGUCCCUGAGACGGAGGUGUGUGUUUGCUCUGAUGUCUUUCUGUGUAAGCUGCCCGCUGUGCUGCGCUGUGUGACGGCCCUGCUGGCCGUGGAGAGGGGGGGGACGGCGGAGGACCCGCCCCGGCUCUCCUCGUCCACAUCUUCAUCUUCCUCCCCCUCCUCCUCCUCCUCCUCGCUGCUGUCCACAGGCUUCCUGCUCUUCUACUGUGUGGCCAUGGCCCUGCUGUACGCCAUCUACUGCCACCUCCUCUGCUAGAGGAGCAACAGAGAGCGGCCACACACAAACACAUACAUGUCUGCGCUUUAACUGGUCUGUACACACACGUCCAAAUGUGCCUAAAAGUGUCACGCAUGCACACACGCAUUUGUAGAGGUUAAUAGGGGAAUGCAGGCCCAACUCAAUACACACACACACACACACACACACACAUAGACACACUGAGGAAAGUCAGCUGCUCCCACAGUUGCUAUAUCAGACAAUAUGCUGCAAAGUGUGUGUGUGUGUUUGUGUGUGUGUGUGUUCAGUAUGCAGAACAUCCAUAACCCGCAAAGCAGAUGUCAUAAGAACAAAAGAGUGUGUGUCAAGACUUAACAGCUGUAGCCAUAUGUGUUAAAUCCAUGGGAGCUACACACAGCACGCCGCAGAGCACCUUUAUAAAGUACACUAGGAAACACGCUACUGGAGCAUAUAAGCUACAACACAUGCCCUUUAUUUACAGUUGAACUCUUAACAGACAAAAACAUGACGAUAUAUAUGAGAGCAGAUGAACAUUUCAAUGCCUUAGCCUUGUUUAGCCUUCACUCUGGAACGCACUGCAUGUCUGGAGCACAGUGGUUUUAGCUUUGCCAACAUUUCCAAGAAACAGCAGUAAUAAUCUCACUGGUUGAGCCAAACAGCCACAGGUCAGCUUGAAAGGUAUCUUCAGUGUAUUAACUUCAUAUUUCUGCUGAUCUUUUCCUAAAGCAAGCAGUUGCAUCUCAGAACUCCUGUAUCAUUUUUCCUUUUAUUCAGCCACUGGUUUCCAUUCAUUCCACUACAAUACGAGAAUGAACUUUCAGUGACUUCAGACUUUCCUCACACCAGUAUUCCGUUUCAGUCAAAAAUUCAGAAUUGAAAAUUGAGGGAUUUUGAUUAUAUGUUGUGAUCAUAUGUUGUAUCCCCAUAUGAUUUGCAAGAUGGUUUGUUGCAGCGUAAAAUGUGAGCAGAUAUUCAAAAUCACUGGUAUGGUCCGUUCAGAAUAUUUUGGCCUCCUCUUUUUGUGUCUUUUUCACUGGCCUCCUGUCCAGUUUAUUUAGCUCCGCCCACUGAAGUUUGACUCCAUCAGGGAGAUUAUCUGUGCCUCUGAGAAAUGUUGGUAGAACUAAAACACUGCAUGCCUCUUGUCCUGACAGAGGAAAGCUGUGGAAGUUGGGAGAGACUGAACUGUGAAUGUUUUUAGCCUUGUGAAAGAUGCAGGUUACUCAGAUGUGGAAUCUGGAUGUUAAUGUGAUUCAGUUUGACACAGUAAUGUCACAAUGUGGUGCUGAAAUGGUUAGCUGAGACAAAACGAUACAGUGCCUCUGAAGACUCAGAUCACUCGCACAGACUGCCCUCCUUGUCUGCAAUGUUACCUGUGUCCAACAGGGGGCGAUGUCGUCACAUCCAUCAGCCCCCAGCGUCAUGUGUCAAAGUGACGGUACAAAACCCUGCAGAGGUUGUGUGUAUAAAGUCCUUUUUGCUGUUGUUGGUCACUUAGACCGGCUUACUUUGCUUCAUGUCUGUAUAAAUGUACAACUAAUUAAAUUAUUGUUUGUUUGUUUUUUUAAUUUAUUUUGGAUUAUGUUUUGUUUUUUGUUGUUUGUUGCUUGGUGAAAGAGCAGAGGUCUGCUGUGUGCCACAUAGAGUUAAUGCCUCCCGUAGCCUUCUUCAAUCAAUGUAACCAACUUAAAUUACAAGCACAGGUGAAUUGGAUUUAGUCAAUAUUCAAUUAUUUAGAGUUAAAAUAACAUUGAUUGUUUAAAAGUUUUAUCUUUCGCUGUGUUAAAUAAUUGAUUCCCUGGAGGCUGAGUUUAAUAGUGCAUCAAAUGGCCUCUGCUUAUUCCACCACAUUCUGUGUCUUGCUUAUUGCUCAGAGGAGGUCAAUGUCUGUGCAACAAGGGAUCUAUUGGGGUAACUAACAUUUGAUUAUAACACUCUCAAGCAGGGUUUGACUGAUGGGCUAUUGGAAGGCUGAUGCACUGAGGCUGCAGAGAGCCAAUAUUUUUAGCAGAGAUUCAAUAUCUUAAAAUUUAACUAUUUUCACAGCCACAUCAUUUCAAAAUGUUCCUGCAAGAACUUUAUUCUUGUCAGAGUGGGAAAAGCCUCAGAAGGAGAAUGAGGACUAUAUGAUGCUAAAACUCUCCACUGCAACUCAGUUCUUUUGGAGUUGGCAGCUGUGACCCACCCCACAUGUUUAAAUAAAGAAUUCACUUUAAAUCUCAUAUUCAAAUAGACGACACUUGAGUGGCCGAUAUGAGACAAGUCACGAAAAACCAUUGAGAUACUUGGAUAUCGGUUUGACCUUGCUCUCCAGUCACCCAAGCAGGACUUCUUCUCCUCUUCUAAAGUCAUUUUGUUGAAGGGACAGUUUAUAUUUUAAACCCAGACACCUGAAGUUCACAGGUGCCCCCGUCCCACAUCAUACUGUAUGAGGCUUACAGCACACUGGCCAUCAGUGAGCGCUCUGUCAUGUUCACUGUCCACAUCCACGCUAUUGCCUACCAGUAGAAAUGGUCACUGUAAAAAAAAAUCCACUUGUCUGCUAUAACUUUUUUUUUCCAGUCUAACACCUUUAAAAAAUACCUGCUGUUACAAUGGAAUUUAAACUGCUUCAAAAAUCAAAUCAAAAUGUAUAUUUUAUAAAAGUGAAACUGGAUAAGCACCGUAAUUCAUCCACUGGCUUAGACCAAACUAUAUUCUUAAAAGAUGUUACCAGAAAAAAAAAAAAAAAAAUCUGUUGUAUUUUAUAAUAUUUAUACAAUACCCUUGUAUUUAAUGAGAAUAAUUUUUGAGUUUAUACAAAUCUAUAUGUAAAGUUUUGGGGUCUUUUUUUCCUCUUUCUGUAAAGAAAUUAUUAAAAAA